AUGGCGAGGAGCGCGCUCAUCGUUCCCGGUCUACUUUGGAUCGCGGCCUUGGCCCAGGGCGCCACUUUGCAGCCGGAGUCGGGGUCACCACUCACGAGGAGGGGCCAACUGCGCGGACACCCCGUGCCGCCCACUCCGAGAUGGGGCGCCAACAUGCAGAUGCUGCGCCGCCACAACAGUCCCGCCUUCAAUUUCUGGACGGAGGAGAGCGAGACGAACAUCUGGGAGCACUGCGGCCUCUUCGAGGGCGACAUCAUGCUGCACCGCGAGCUGCUCAGGAACGGGCUGCUCAACGAGCGGCUCACAUGGCCAGAGGCCGCCGUGCCCUUCUACAUAGACCCCCAGGAUUUCACCGCCAACCAGACCAUGGUGAUACUGAAGGCCUUCAAGGAGUACCACGACCGCACCUGCAUCCGCUUCCGGCCGUACGAGCAGGGCGACAAGCACUGGCUGCUCAUCAAGGGCAACUACUCCGGCUGCUGGUCGAGCGUCGGAAGGCGCUCCGGUGGCCAGGUGCUCAACCUGAACACGCCCAAGUGUGUCACCCAUGGAGUGGUGGUCCACGAGCUGCUGCACGCGCUCGGCUUCUACCACCAGCAGAGCGCCACGGAGCGGGAUGAGUACGUCAAGAUCAACUGGGAGAACAUCCUUGAUGGGCAUGCGCACAACUUCAACAAGUACGCCCGCACUCACAUCACCAACUUUGGCGUGGAGUAUGACUACCAGAGCGUCAUGCACUACAGCUCUCGGGCGUUCAGCAAAAACGGCAAGGCCACCAUCGAGCCCUUGGAUCCGUACGCCUCGCUGGGCCAGAGACGCGGCCUCUCCGACAAGGAUGUAUCCAAGCUGAACGAGAUGUACGAACAGGACUGCAGCGAGGACUACCUACUUAGCUUUGACCGCUUCGGAAACUACAUCGACGAGCUGCUCGAAUACUUCCAGGGCAACUUUCAGGAUCUGCUCGGAUAG